GCAGCUUCUUGAUGACGUCACAUCCCCGAACGUUGCUCCUACACACAACAGCGGCCUGUGUUUUCACUCGAGCGCUGUAAUUUUUUUCUCUUCAGUGGAGGAUUUCUCUCUACUGUUUGCCACCACCAUGAAACUAGUCAGGUUUUUGAUGAAGCUCAGUCAUGAGACUGUCACCAUUGAACUAAAGAAUGGCACCCAGGUCCAUGGCACCAUCACAGGUGUUGACGUGAGCAUGAACACCCACCUGAAGGCGGUGAAGAUGACCCUGAAGAACCGGGAGCCCACUCAGCUCGAGUCGCUGAGCAUCCGAGGCAACAACAUCCGCUACUUCAUCCUGCCGGACAGCCUGCCGCUGGACACCUUGCUGGUGGACAUCGAGCCGAAGAUUAAAUCCAAGAAGAGAGAAGCAGUGGCGGGCCGGGGAAGAGGCAGAGGACGAGGACGUGGGAGAGGAAGGGGCAGAGGGCGAGGUGGACCCAGGAGAUGAUCAUCUGGUCUUUCUGUUCCUUGUCGUCGCCCCACUGUUUGUACAGGAUUUUUUUUCUGUUCAGAGGAAACAAUUGGUGAAUUUCAGUGUGCUUUUUUUUUUCUUUUGUACAUUAAACCCGUUUAGAAGACAAAAGAGCUUCUGUUUUCUUUCUUUUUCUAAACAAUGUUGAAUAAAGUGUUUUUGCACC